CUGAUUUUUGUAUUCAAUGUAAAUAAAAAAAAAUUUAAAAAAGGGGGCAGGUAUUAACUUUUGCCGCACGUAUAAAAGACGGAGAGACAAGACUUUGGAACAAAUUAUCGUAUAUGAGAAACUGACAAUAGUUUGUGAACUUGAUAAAAGUAAGGAAACCUAAAAAAAGGAGUCUUAAGUAAAAGGUCAAAAGUCAUAAUGAAAAAAUUCACCUUCAUACUUUUGGCCAUAAGCGCCCUGGCAAUAUCCACAUGUCAUUCAACAAAAAGUGGUGCUCAAACGUCAGCAAAUAGUCAAAGUUCUAGUUCUAGUCAGGCAUCAACAGAAGGUGGAAUGCUUGGAGGAUAUUAUGAUCCAUACUAUGGAUAUGAUGAUUGUGAAGAUGAAUCAGACGAUGAUACGGGGUCGAGUUCUUCCUCUAAUUCCCAUUCAGAAUCAUCGAGUGACUCUAAUUCAUCCGCGAAAUCAGGCACGAAUGGUGGAUCAGGCUCCCAAGCUAGUUCAAACUCCAAUUCUGGCUCAAACGCAAAUGCUAGUUCCGAUUCUGGUUCAAAUAAUGAUGAUUCCUCGGAGGAAGACUCUAAUGGUGAAGAUUCUGGUGAAGGAGAAUCUUCUGAUGGUGAUGAUUUUUCAGAAUCAGGCUCCAACACUCAAUCAGGAUCUAGCUCUCAAUCAGGAUCUAGCUCUCAAUCAGGAUCUAACUCUCAAUCAGGAUCUAACUCUCAAUCAGGAUCUAAAUCUCAAUCAGGAUCUAACUCUCAAUCAGGAUCUAACUCUCAAUCAGGAUCUAGCUCUCAAUCAGGAUCUAACUCUCAAUCAGGAUCUAGCUCUCAAUCAGGAUCUAACUCUCAAUCAGGAUCUAACUCUCAAUCAGGAUCUAGCUCUCAAUCAGGAUCUAACUCUCAAUCAGGAUCUAACUCUCAAUCAGGAUCUAACUCUCAAUCAGGAUCUAGCUCUCAAUCAGGAUCUAACUCUCAAUCAGGAUCUAGCUCUCAAUCAGGAUCUAACUCUCAAUCAGGAUCCAACUCUCAAUCAGGAUCCAACUCUCAAUCAGGAUCCAACUCUCAAUCAGGAUCCAACUCUCAAUCGGACUCCAGCACUCAAUCAGGCUCCAACACUGAAUCAGGAUCCAACUCUGAAUCGGACUCCAGCACUCAAUCAGGAUCCAGCUCUCAAUCAGGAUCCAGCACUCAAUCAGGAUCCAGCUCUCAAUCAGGAUCUAACUCUCAAUCAGGAUCUAACUCUCAAUCAGGAUCUAACUCUCAAUCAGGAUCUAACUCUCAAUCAGGAUCUAACUCUCAAUCAGGAUCUAACUCUCAAUCAGGAUCUAACUCUCAAUCAGGAUCUAACUCUCAAUCAGGAUCUAACUCUCAAUCAGGAUCUAACUCUCAAUCAGGAUCUAACUCUCAAUCAGGAUCUAACUCUCAAUCAGGAUCUAACUCUCAAUCAGGAUCUAACUCUCAAUCAGGAUCUAACUCUCAAUCAGGAUCUAACUCUCAAUCAGGAUCUAACUCUCAAUCAGGAUCCAACUCUCAAUCAGGAUCCGACUCUCAAUCAGGCUCCAACACUGAAUCAGGAUCCAACUCUGAAUCGGACUCCAGCACUCAAUCAGGCUCCAACACUGAAUCAGGAUCCAACUCUGAAUCGGACUCCAGCACUCAAUCAGGAUCCAGCUCUCAAUCAGGAUCCAGCACUCAAUCAGGAUCCAGCUCUCAAUCAGGAUCUAACUCUCAAUCAGGAUCCAACUCUCAAUCAGGAUCCAACUCUCAAUCAGGAUCCGACUCUCAAUCAGGCUCCAACACUGAAUCAGGAUCCAACUCUGAAUCGGACUCCAGCACUGAAUCAGGAUCCAACUCUGAAUCGGACUCCAGCACUCAAUCAGGAUCCAGUUCUCAAUCAGGAUCCAGCACUCAAUCAGGAUCCAACUCUGAAUCGGACUCCAGCACUGAAUCAGGAUCCAACUCUGAAUCGGACUCCAGCGCUCAAUCAGGAUCCAACUCUAAAUCGGGCUCCAGCAGUCAAUCAGGAUCCAACUCUGAAUCGGACUCCAGCACUCAAUCAGGAUCUAACACUGAAUCAGGAUCCAACUCUGAAUCAGGCUCCAACACUGAAUCAGGAUCCAACUCUCAAUCAGGAUCUAGCUCUCAAUCAGGAUCCAGCACUCAAUCAGGAUCCAGCUCUCAAUCAGGAUCCAGCUCUCAAUCAGGAUCCAGCACUCAAUCAGGAUCCAACUCUCAAUCAGGAUCUAACUCUCAAUCAGGAUCCAGCUCUCAAUCAGGAUCCAGCACUCAAUCAGGAUCCAACUCUCAAUCAGGAUCCAGCUCUCAAUCAGGAUCCAGCUCUCAAUCAGGAUCUAGCUCUCAAUCAGGAUCCAGCUCUCAAUCAGGAUCUAGCACUCAAUCAGGAUCCAACUCUGAAUCGGACUCCAACUCUGAAUCGGACUCCAACUCUGAAUCGGACUCCAGCACUCAAUCAGGCUCCAACACUCAAUCAGGAUCCAACUCUGAAUCGGACUCCAGCACUCAAUCAGGCUCCAACACUCAAUCAGGAUCCAACUCUGAAUCGGACUCCAGCACUCAAUCCGGCUCCAACACUCAAUCAGAAUCCAACUCUGAAUCGGACUCCAGCACUCAAUCAGGAUCUAACUCUCAAUCAGGAUCCAACUCUGAAUCAACGUCCGAGUCUGGUUCAAAUGCCGAUGAUGCCACAGGUGACGACUAUGAUGAUAAUGAAAAUUCUUACGAUAAUGGCUCAAGUUCAAACUCAGGCUCCAGUUCUGAAUCAAGUGCUAAUGCUGCAGGAGGAGGCUCCGGUAGUCAAUCACACUCGGAGUCAAGUUCUAAUUCCUAUUCUAGAUCAAACGCAUCAGGUUCUAAUCCAAAAUCAAAACCUAUGGGCGGAUCAUCAUCUCGUUCUAGCAGUCAUUCUCGUUCAGGAUCACACGCUUCCUCUUCUUAUGACAAAAAAUCUAAAAAAAUGAGAAGAUUCUUGAUUCUAUCACUGGCUGUACUCGCCAUAGGAGUUACAGUGAUAAAUGCCCAAGAUGCAUCUGGAGCUGCAAGUGCAGCUAAUGCGACUGCUAAUUCUGCAGCUGCUACUACUACUCCUGCAGGAGGUAGUCUUACCAGCGCUAGUUCUAGUACAGAAUCAGCCUCUAGUUCUCAAGUAACUGGUGAAAUAAGCAGUAUAAUGGAUACGACAAAACGCUGGAUUAACCUAUUUUUAUGA